CUAUUCAAGUGUUGUUCUGUGGAAGAUUUAGAAGAGGGAGCGGCGUGAUGCGGCAGGGCCAGGCUAGGGCUCUGAGGCUAGCUCAAGUCUUCCUGGUUUGAGAAUGGACUGAGACCCCUUGCUGUGUCAACCCCUUAUCAAGAGAGAGAGUGACUCAGUGAUAUCCAGCGUUUUGUGUUGAUCACGGCGACUCGAGACGCGGCCCUCGCUCGCGCAAAGCCACGCAGGAGUUUUGGGAAGACGCCCGGCUGACGUACGGGGUCCUCAUCGACCUGGUUGCCUUUGUCGACGACAAGACCGGGGCGUUCGUUUUCAUCAGCUUUUCCCAGAACGCCAUUUACCUCUGCAACCUGUUACAUUUGAUGUUGGGGUUUCGUCAGGUACGAGGAGCUGAUGGACAACUCAUAACUUUGGUCUCGGUGGCGGCAAGGAUGAUCAUCGUGUCCUUUUGGACCACAAACGUCCACCAAGAAUGGGUCGAAUUAAAAAUUGUGCUGUUCAGCGUUCCGGCGGAAUGCUAUUCUGACUCGGUGUUUCGGUUUUGCACGCAGGUGUGCACCGACGAAGUCGCCCUGACCGGCUUCGGUAUUUUCAAGCUCACUCGCCCGUUCAUCAUUUCGGUUGUCAGCUUUGUUGUGACACUCGAAACGCUGUUCAUGCAGGGAGACAGACAUGAGGAACUCACCAGGGCUAGUCAUGUCCAGACCUAAAAAGGGAAUUUGUUCCAUGGC